AUGAACCUGUCCAAGCACUGCUGUUCUGCAUUCGCUGAACCAGGUGAAGAGCGCCAGGCAUUUCAGGCUCAAGGUCAUCAAGACUAUGAUAAUUUUCUGAAAUAUCGUGCUGAAGAACUCCAUCUCGGUGGUGUUCUCAUUCUUGCACAUUGUUGUGUCAACGAGCAGGGUUCGACUGGUUGUGACCAAGCAUUGCAUUUAGUCUACAAAUGUGCUCAAUCAUUUUUGACUUCUGAAGAGCUACUAGAAUUUAAUUAUUCAACUUACCUAAAUUCGUAUGCAGAAUGUAUUGAUCCUGAUCUCUUGGCUCGACAUUCCUUUCAAUUAAUCAAAGCUGGUUUCGCUCGAAUCGCUUCUCCACUCUAUGCAAAAUAUCGCGACGGCAAGUUAACGUUGGAUGAAUUUGCACAUGCAAAAACGGAAUGGAUACGAAGUUGGUCUGAGUCUUCACUUGAACAGGCAUUGAAGACCACUGGAUUAAGAACCAAUGAAAAUACUGAACAAGUUUUAAAUCAGAUUUGGACUCGAUAUGAAGAAGAAGUUCGUGAAAAGCCAGGAGAAUACGAUGAUUGCACAAUUUGUACUUAUAUGGCUUUAAAGAAGAUCUAA